ACCACCAUCGCUUUGACCUUCUAGCAGUCGCUCCUUGACCGAGAGUAGAAGAAAGCAGCUCACACUCGUUUCGACGUCUCCGUAUACACUAGAAGGCAGCUAGAACCCGGCGCCACGACGUCGACGCGUCCAAGAACGGCAAGCGCGGGGGCGGAGGCAACUUGCGACCGGCGGCACCGGCCAGGGACACGGCUACGGAAGCAAAUCCGGCGCGGGCCGCCGCUUAACACAGCGCUUGCCGUAUUAGGUGAGUAAGUUGAUGUUGAAGAUGGGCCGCGCUGGCGUGGAAAUCGAGUCCCUGCGCUGCCGCGUCCGAGUCGUCGUCUCCCACUGCUCGCUCAACACGAGGCUGCCCGUCGUCAUAACACGAGGCCCUCGCGUUCAAGGCACUACAGCAGCAGCAGCACCAAGGAGCCCGUGUUCAGCUCGCCGUGCCCACCCCCGCACGCUGCCCUCCUCCUCCUCGCGGCACCGCAUCUAAUCUCC